AUGAUGGUUUACAUCGAGUAUCCAACAAAGAUGUAUGCUGCACUUAACACAUCAGGCUGUUCAAUAGAAGAGCGUGGAGCUAUAGACCCAAACAAGGAUUUCACCUACGCAGCCUCCGUUGAAUUUUCCUACGUGCCGCCAUGGUGGUCUCUUAUCGAGAAGCCUUCAUUUUGGGUAAAGGGGAUUGAGGAUUGA